UACUCGCUUCAUAGCUAUAUCUUCAGGCAAUAUUAAACCUGACAUAAAAGAGAUUCAGUUUAUGAAGAACAACAAUAUUAUCGAACAAGCCAAAAUCCAAUAGCAACAUUAAGGAUUGUUGAAAAAAUCAAUACACGAAAUGUCACAUCUGACAAAGUCCGCCUGGUGUGUAUGAUCUCUGGUAACAAACAUGGCUUUUUUUACGAUAUGUGGAAAACCAGAUUGUAAACUUUACGCACACGCUACUUAUGUUGCGCAUUAUCUUUACGAGCAUUUGCCCAAUUUUAAAUAUAAAAAAAUUGAGAAAUCUAGUUUGGAAUGGCCGGCAUUUGUAAAAGGAAUAAAUGAGAAGAACAAGUGGUACUUGGUAAAAAGUCCGAUUAUUUGGAAAGAAAUUAGUUCUUGGGGAGGUAAGCCUUACUUAAUUGGAGGCCUAAGUGAAUUUUGGGAGUAUUGUUUUUGCUAUUACGGUUUGGAAUCUUUUAUACCUAAGGAAGAUUUAGAAAAACUAGCCAUAAAUAAUUUAGCGUUCUUUCAAGAAGAAAAGGAUAAAAAUUCAAAGAAAAAUAGAAAAUAUAAUGCAGUAAUAGGUAUAUUAGGUGUCAAAGAUCAUUCGAUACCAGUUGAGCAAUUAAUAGAAGAAUUUCUUAAAAUACCCUUUUUUACCACCGGCCAUGGUAUAUUGGUCAAGAUUUAUUUCUCCGAAUCAACAAUACUAAAUCCACAUUUCAAGUCGUAUCUCAGUGAUAUUGCACACUUUUAUAAUUCAUCAGCAAUAUUCGGAGAUGUCCCGCUUGUGGAAAUUGUUGAAACAAAAAAUGAAAUAGUAGAAGAUUCUGAUUUGUUGCUCAUUAUGACAAAUUUAUCUCGCCGUGAAAACGAAAAUUCCGAAGCUUGGAUGGAAAGAUGCGCCUGUCGCAUUGUAAAACUAGGAAACAUAUUACAUUACAAAGCCAAACGUGGAUUAAGAGUUGUUUUUUGCAAUGACGGACCCUUGUGCUAUUUAGCAUCCAUAUUAGUCGAAACAUGCGCUAUUCUUAUCCCAUCUAACAUCGUAGUACUGGCAGCCGAUUUAGGAUUACCAGUGUUAAGGGAGGUAUCAAGGAAAACCGGUAUCCACGUAUCCAAAAUGGGCGCGCCUCCAGUAUGGGGUUUUAUUGGCAAUAACUAUUACAUUGAUGAAUCCCAUAUUACCUUUAAAGCGCAAAUUUUUAAACCCUAUAAAAGGGCUCUCACUUCCCCAGAAGACUCAAGUUUACCACUGGGUACCAUGGCAUCUGAAUUAAGGCUAAUGUCGUAUUUAUUACCAGACCAACACGAUGAUAUCAUGAAGGCAGUAGAUGAAAGACAAAAACGAAUGAAAGAAGCACUUCAACGACCGCCAUGUUUAUCAAAACUGAGGGCUUUAAUCAGCCUGUUGAAAAUAUGGUACUCGGAUGAGACGCCGGAUGAAAUUAUAUCAUUGGGAAUAGUGUCAAAUGGUUCUUUUAAUAUUCCUUGUGGCCUGGUUUUCGCUCAGCCUUGCAUACUGGAUGGAAAACGCAGAUGGAAACCGUUUUCAAAUUUUCCUCUUGUUAACGACGCUGUUUUGGAAAAAAUUGAUGGUUUGAUUGAGAAAUCUGUCGAACUAAUCGGGAAAAUAUUUUCAUCACAAAAAGAAGAUGUCAAAGAUAUAGAAAACAGCGCUGAUGAGACCGAAAAAGUGAAGGAAGAAAAACUGGAUGAUAUUCUAUUUUAAUUUUUUAAUAGCUUAGUAUAACAUAGCGCCUUAUUACAAUGUAUAAAACCAUUUUAUAAUAUUCGUUAAACUGCUAUGGAAAUUUUUUUAGUUGGAUUAAACAUAUUUAUUUAU